AUGGGAGGGGGCCGGGCCUGCCCGGGAGGACGGGAGGGGGGCGGCUCCUGGAAGGCCGGCGGCGACGGGGCUCUGCCCCGAGGGGUUCCGCGCUCCGGGGCCGGCGCCGCCCCCCACCCCGCCUCGGAGGCGAGCCCGCCGGCGCCCCCGUGCGGCCUUCCGGGGGCCGAGGUCCCGGGCCCUGGGGGGCCCGCGGGGGAUGACGGGGCUCCGGGCGCACACGAGUCCCCCCGGCGCCCCAGGCUUCGCGGCCGGAGCCCCGGGCCGGGCCCGACGGAAGCCCCUCCGCGCCGCCCCCGCGCCCCUCGGAAGGACCCGAAGAACGGGACCUCUCGGCGGCCGGGGCGAGCGGAGGCGGCCCGAGGGGCCCCGGGGCCGCGGCGCGGGGGUGCGCGGGGCGGGGCCCUCCUCCCCCGGUCCCCAGCUGUCCGCGUGACCCGGGCGUCGCUGGCCUUGACCCCGGGCGGCCCGCUCCGCUCCCAGGGCCUCGGGUUCCCCCUCCGAGGCGGCGCCCGCGCUGGCCCCGACGCCGGCCGCGUCCCUCCGGGCGGCUCGCCGGCCUCCCGCCUCGACGCCCCCCUCCGGCCGCGACCCACAUUUGCCGCGAGCCAGUCGGGACCGCGAAGGCGGCGGGCCUCGCGGUUGCCCGGGCGACGCGGGAGCGGGCACCCCCGGCGGACCGCGGUUGCCGGGGCGACCAGGGCAGUGGGCGGGACCCCAGGGCCCCAGCCCCCGUCCGCGCCGCGGGCUGGGAAGGGACCUAGAGACACGGUCCUGGGCUCUAGUCCAGAGAGGAACCGGCGUCUCUUCCUUCUGCCGGAGAAGCCCAACAGCCUCGGUGAACCUGGGGUCUGCGGCUCCCGCCUGAGGGCAGACCUCGGCCCUGUCCCUGCGGGGGCCACACGGCCGCCCCGCGCCCCUGUCCCCUCGGCCUCCCCACGGCCUCCCCAGCUCCGAGGCUUCCUUUUGUCUCCGGGCUCCGCAGCGCUGCCCGCACCCGCGCGGGUGCCUCGGGCCUUCGUGCCCCGUGUCCCUCCUGCCCCCAGGCCCCUCCUUCCACCCCGGCCCCGGCGCUCCCCCGAGCCCGGCCCCUGCUGCCCUCCGGGGCGCCGGUGGACGUUUCCCUUGGGCCCCCUGCCCGGUGCUCGCUCCCUGCCCUCGAGUCUCUGCCCCCCGUCUCCGCCUUCCCCUCCCUCCCGGCUGCGGCCUCAGGGCGAGGCCCCCUCCCGGCGCCAAGGUCUCCCUGUAGGUUUCGGCCCCGGGACUCCGGGCUUUGUCCCCCGCGCCCGCAGCCCGAGCUCUCGGGCUCGGCUGCGCGCCGGGGUCCCCGUCUCGCGAGUGGCCGGCGGCGGCUCCGCGCGGUCCGUCUCUGCGCCCCGGGCCGCCCCCGCCCCGCCCCGCCCCGCGUCCCGCCGCUCACACCCGCGUCCUCGCUGCGGGGCCCCGUGCCUCCCCGUCUCCUCCCACCGGCGCCCCCGCAUCCCCCUUUGUCUCUGCCUCCUCGCCCCCCUCUUCACCUACCUGGGCGCCUGCUCUGUGUCCUGCCCUCUGCGCCCGGCGCCCCCGGCGCCCCCCGGCGCCCCCUCCUGCCCUCACCCCGUCCCUCUCGGGGCCCGCGCUCCCGCGCUCCCGCGCUCCCGCCCUCCUCCCUCGCUUCCUCCGCUCUCUCCGGCUCCCUCUCUCGCCUCGGAUGACAGCGCUGCCUCUUUUGUUGGCUCCGCAGCCAAUCGCGGCCGCUGA